CGGUGCGGAACUAAUUGUGACGGCAGUGAGGUUACCAGCCGGCGCUACAAAGGUGCCACACCGCAGGGGCGGCGUGGGGCGGUGUGCGCCGGCGUGACGCGGCUACGCGGGAUGGGCCGGGCCAAGACCAAGGCCUAGGCGGCCGCGGCUGUGAGAGGCUGCAGCUCGGCGACCGUCCCUCAGCCCAGCCACCAUGAGCACCAAGCAGGUUACUUGCAGGUACUUUAUGCAUGGUGUGUGUCGGGAAGGAAGCCAGUGCUUAUUCUCACAUGACUUGGCAAACAGCAAGCCGUCCACCAUCUGCAAGUACUACCAGAAAGGCUACUGUGCCUAUGGAACUCGGUGCAGAUAUGACCACACAAGGCCCUCUGCUGCAGCUGGAGGUGCUGUGGGCACCAUGGCCCACAAUGUACCCUCUCCGACUUUUCACAGUCCUCACCCUCCUUCUGAGGUCACUGCAUCCAUUGUGAAAACUAACUCACAUGAACCUGGGAAGCGUGAAAAGAGAACAUUGGUUCUCAGAGACCGAAAUCUCUCUGGCAUGGCUGAAGGAAAGACUAACCCGAGCAUGGUGAGUAAUCUAGGCAGCUGCAGUGACUCCCAGCCCAGCCCCGAGAUGAAGCCGACUUCCUACCUAGAUGCCAUUAGGAGUGGCCUUGAUGACCUGGAGGCCAGCAGCUCCUACAACAAUAAGCAGCAGCUGUGCCCCUAUGCAGCUGCUGGGGAGUGCCGAUUUGGGGAUGCCUGUGUCUACCUGCACGGGGAGGUCUGUGAAAUCUGUAGGCUGCGAGUCUUGCACCCCUUCGACCCAGAGCAGAGGAAGGCUCACGAAAAGAUCUGCAUGUUGACAUUCGAACAUGAGAUGGAGAAGGCCUUUGCCUUCCAAGCAAGCCAGGACAAAGUGUGCAGUAUCUGCAUGGAAGUGAUCCUGGAGAAGGCCUCUGCUUCUGAGAGGAGAUUUGGGAUUCUCUCCAAUUGCAAUCACACGUACUGCUUGUCCUGCAUCCGACAGUGGCGGUGUGCCAAACAAUUUGAAAACCAAAUCAUUAAGUCUUGUCCAGAAUGCCGUGUGAUAUCAGAGUUUGUAAUUCCAAGUGUGUAUUGGGUGGAAGAUCAGAAUAAAAAGAAUGAGUUGAUUGAAGCUUUCAAACAGGGGAUGGGGAAAAAAGCCUGUAAAUACUUUGAGCAAGGCAAGGGGACCUGCCCAUUUGGAAGCAAAUGCCUUUAUCGACAUGCUUACCCUGAUGGGCGGCUAGCAGAGCCUGAGAAACCUCGGAAACAGCUCAGUUCUCAAGGCACUGUGAGGUUCUUUAAUUCAGUGCGGCUCUGGGAUUUCAUUGAGAACCGAGAAAGCCAGCAUGUCCCCAACAAUGAAGAUGUCGACAUGACAGAGCUUGGGGACCUCUUCAUGCACCUUUCUGGAGUGGAGUCAUCAGAACCCUAAAGAGUAGAUGGUCACCCUGCAUCUUGGGCUCCAUCGACCAAAACUUUCCCAAGCCAGGGUGUGCAGAGCUUUCCUGUACUGCAGCCAAGGGGGCGUGUGGCUUGGAUUUGAGUGGAAUUGUGCUUAGCCUUGGUCUCAUCUACUCUCCAUUAUUACAGCCAUGGGUAAGAGUGAAGGAUAUAAAGUAACCUACUAAGUGUAUGGAAUUGCUGUUUUAUAGCUGAUAUAGUUACACCUCAAGUCCCUCAGGGGUAACAACUAACCACUCAGACUGUUUGGACUGACUGCUUUAAAACACAAACCUGGCUUUUAUCAUUGCUCUUUUCUCCCCAGAAACAGUAAAUUUGCAGCUGCCCCUAAUGUGGCAGAGUUGUUUUUCUUACCGAAGGAUUCAACCCUAUAAAAGGAUUCCUCUGUAGUGUAUUUCUCUAGUAUAUCUAAUGUAUGGUCAAAAUUUUGACAGAGCUUUCAAGAACAGUAAAACAGUGAGCCCGGCAUAGCUGUUAACAUACAACUUUUUUUAGGGCUUUAAGGAUGGUCAUUUUUUUGAGUUCUCUCAAGUAACCCAAAUCAGGGUAGCAAUCUUGUUGCCAGAUGUGCAGCAAAGUGGAAGUGUAAAUCUUUUUCUCUUUUAGGGAGGCUCUUGAAGGAGCAGGAGGUACUGUACUGAGUAGCAGUCUAGCCCUCCUGUCUGGUUGCAGCCUCCAGCCAGAGCCCUCCAGGGAAACAAAGCCUCUGCCCUCACCUGUGGGGCACACACAUGCACUUACAUAAUGUGUGGUUCCUACUCAAGCAAUUUAUUAUCUGCAAAGCCUAGCUUUGAUUUGAAACUUCGUAAAAAUUUCAUGGCGCCCCAAGGUUUGUUUCUGAUUCUGACCCAGCAGUGCUCCUGAAGAGAGCUGAUGGCAAGUCUUGUAGUCAUUUUUAGUUGAAGGGUUCGCACAACCUUGUGAACCACAAAGGUUGUUCUUUUUAUGUGUUUUUAAAAAGCUGUACAUACCAAAUAGUUUAUAAAACACAUUACUUAACAUCUUAACUGAGUUUAGCAUACUUUCUGCUUAACUUUUAUACUAUUCAGUGGAGGGUUACAAAGAGUACAAAAAUUCAGUCCCAGUGUAGGGAAUUACUUUAAAAGGAGCCAGCCAUUACAACUAAAUUUAAUUUAUUUUAUUAAAAUAACAUAAUGCGGGACCAUCAGAUACCUGUAUUUUGUCAGGUGCAAUAAAAACAAAAUUAAAACCCAAAUCAUCAAGAAAACCUGUAUUCCUGGCUUCCUUGUAUACACAUGAUACAACUAGAGAAACAAGGCUGUGUUAUUAGAGAAACAAGGCUGGCCCUGCGGCCCCGCCCCAUAGGGGCAGGGCAGCUCCUGGAAGACAAAAUUCAGCAUGAUGGAAGACUGCUACCUGAGAGGGCCGAGAUGGGGACCGGCUGAGUGCCUUGCCUGGAAAACCAUCCCAAUGCACUGGACACCUUAGAAGCUGUGAAGGGAGGCCGUGUCCCCUAAGAAAAGUUCCAUAGUACCAAAGCAGGCUCUUUCGGGAGGCCAGAGUCUCAACAGUCCUGGGCUGUUUGUUUGGUGCCUUAUGUGCAAAAUGUCUGGUGCUGCACCACUCUCUGAAGAAAGUCCCGCCUGUCAUAUGCAUUCCUCUAAAAGUUGAUUUCCAAAAUCCCAUGUGUUUCCACAUCAGGCUGCACUGCCUGCUACCUUACUUCCUCAAAAUACAUAGCCAACAGCUGGGCCCCUGCCUUUUGGAUUACCAUCAACAUCCACUUGCACAUCUAGAGAAGGCCUUGAGCAUGGGGUACAUGGGGAAGGAGCAGGAUGCACCAGCAUUGCAAAUGGCUUCCUUCUCCCAGGGCCCAAAGGAGUAGAAAAGAAGGCAACAUGAAGUUAAGGCCCUGUGAGCAGUCUAGAAGAUCCUUAGCAGCAGCUUCUCUGAAAACAUGUGCUCUGCCUCUGGAGAAAGGGAGCAGAAAAGUGGUGCCUGCUGGCUUCUCUUCCUCCCCUGGCAGCCUGAGGGCAGGUGUAAAGUCAACUAGAAGACAGGCAGCCUUGGGGACGUGGUCAGCGUGCAAGCAUUGAUAUCCUCAGUGUGGGCUGCCCGAUGCAAGGAUGGCUCGGAAGCGCUCCGGUUGAUCUUCGGUAGAGAGUGCUGGAGCAGCUCAAUGGAAGACAGGAUCUGAAAGCCCCAGAAUGCUCUCAUUAGUUGGGGCUUGGGGGUCCAAAGACACUGGCCGUACCCUGCCCCCACCAUUUUGUGGAGGACCUGGUUCCCCUCCCUAUAAAAACAAAAUACUCCCCUUAUAUUGCCAUCUUUAAGAACCAACCCAUGCUUUAAUCCCGUUCUAUCAUCCCUGAGCCUUACCUGGGGAAAAAGAGGCCUCUCUUCCUUUACUUUCUUGACACAGUCAGCUACCAGCCUCUUCAUUGCUUUGGGGCAGUUUUUAUAUAGCUUACUAAGAUCUGGGGAGGCAUACCCUCGGCCCACCAUGAAGAUGAUCUAAGGGAAAAACAGCUGAGUGAAUGAGGGGUGGAUGAUCAAAAGAAAACAACAAGUCCUAACCCUCUAGCUAUUCAGGCUGGCAGGAGGCCUAGGAGCUCCCACAAGUCAGGUCCUUUAGCACCAGCACAGACUCACCUGAUCUCGGUUGUUAAUGUGAGAGUAAGGAAGCUCCCCUGUCAUCAGCUCAUAUAAUACGAUGCCAUAGGAGUAGACAUCUGACUGGAAGCUGAAGGGGUUGUUAUCCUGCAUUCGGAUCACCUCUGGAGCCUACAGGGAAAAGGUGUAUUUAUCACCAUAUGACAGGCUUCCCUUUCAUUAGUUAUGAAUGAGUCCAUUCUUCAGUCCCCACAUAGGUUUUCCCCAAAGGUCUCCAACUCAGGCACUGGUUAAAACAGCUCAGGAAUCCUUGUCUUUAAAGGACCAAGACCCAGCAUUUCUAUCCCAGCUUAACUCCUCUCCACACUAAGCUUCACGGUGGUUUUGAUCAACAGCUUCCUCAAGAAAAUCUACAAUUGCCCUGAGCCUGGCUGUCACCAGGGGUCAUGAGGAUUUCAGGAAAGUGUACAGAAAUGCUUUAUGUUUGCACAUAAGGCUUCAGGGUAUUCCUUUUGCCCUGCACCAAAAACUGUUAUUGGGAGCCCAGAUUCUCACCAUCCACAGAACAGAGCCAGUAGGUUGUUCAACCUGCUGAGAACCACUCCAGCGUGACUUUACUGUUGCCAAACCAAAAUCUCCAAUUUUCACUGUUAGGCCUUCAUGGAGAAAUAUAUCUCAAUGCUUGUUAAGGACUCUGGUUUCAAAAGAAUGGUCAAAUUAAUUUUGAAAACCAUCCCAAAGUUCUUUAUAACAUGGCAAUCUCUCCACCUUGUGUGUCUGUUGCAGGCUCUCUGCACUGAAUUUCCUAAGGUAUAUGAAGUUCUUAAAAGUGCUUUUGAAAUGCCCCUUCUUCUAGCCGGCAGGCAGGGAUUAUUCAAUGUGCCAGAUUAUUUGGCCCCAGCCAAAAACAAGUCAGUUUUUUUCCCUGCUGCUUUUCCCCAUUUCCACUCUAGGUGCUGGGUCCCUGGCUUUGUGAUCUUUCCACAUAAUACAUGUGCGUGAAACUCUAACAUGACAAGCGGAGGCCACAUUCCCCAAAGUACUCCCCAGAGGGCCAACUAUGGCCUGCUGACAGCUUACAGUGGUUUCUGCUUCUGUUCUGCCCUCAAAUCACCAUCUGAACCUUGACUGGUUAACAAAAUAAUAAAUCCUUUAUUGAAGUGUUCAAUGUUGUCCUAAGAAAUUUCUCAUCAGAAUUAGUACCACUUGGGUAACUUGAAAAUGAAAACCAAAAUCAGCUUGCUUCUGGUCAUACAGUUUAAGUCUAACUUGUGAGAGAGAAAAAAAAACUGAAAACAAAAAAAUUUAAAAAACACACAUGAAGCAACUUGUGAGCUGUUGGUGCCCAGGAACUCACACCUCCUUAAAUCUGGUGUCUGCUUUCAUGGUAUGUUUGGCUGCUAAAAACCCCACCACUGAAAGGUGUUCCAUGCCUCACACGGGUACCUCAAAUAGGGCAUGUCCUAUAAUCCAGCUCAACCCAAUUAUCAUGCUUCUCACUGCUCAAGAAGCAAAGUGUGGGCUGUAAUGCCAUCCUUCCAUCCCAAGGAGAGGCUGGUGGAGGGUGGCACAUUCAAAACUGUUAAAUUUCAUGCCUUACAGCAUUAAAAAUACCUUUCUUCAUUUACUCUUCUGUAGAAACAAGACUUAGAAGGGGAGAAGGAUUGUUUCCAACAGUGACUUCUGAGGAACCCACUUAAUGUACCUUUGAGAAAGACCAUUUAAUUUAUUUAUUUGAGACAGAGCCUUGUACUGUUCCCUAGGCUAGAGUGCAACCUCUGCCUCCCAGGUUCAAGUGAUUCUCCUGCCUCAGCCUCCUGAGUAGCUGGGAUUUCAGGCAUGUGCCACCACACCCAGCUAAUUUUUAAAUAUAGAGAUGGGUUUCGUCACAUUGGCCAGGCUGGUCUCAAACUCCUAGCCUCAAGCGAUCCACCUGCCUUGGCCUCCCAAAGUGCUGGGAUUAUAGGUAUAAGCUACCAUGCCCAGUCAAGAAAGACCAUUUUAAAUAGUGAUUUUCGGAAAGCUUUCAACCUUUGGCUUAUAGCUUACUUGCUAUCCACCUAACAAGCAGAUACACAUAUAUUCAUUGUCCACAAACCAGAAAUAAACCUAAGACAAAAGCACAUCCCCCUCAGGUUAAAUUUAGUAAUAGUGUGAUAAAUUAGGCCUAUUUCAAGCUUACAAAAAUCUCUCCAAAUCACUUUUGCUGAGAUAGAAAGGAACCCAAUCUAAACUUCACUCUCAUCAGUCCUGGUGAGGCAUAUGUUGCUGAGGAGCAAGCCAAGCCUACUAAUUUUCUGACUUUUGUGUCUUCUUGUCCUCUGCCUCUUUUCUUAAAAUGUUAUCUCCUGGCACCAAGAGUCACUUGUGAUAAAAAGGCUCUAUUCUGUUUCCCUAAAUUUAGAACUGAGCAGUCAAAUGGAACUCAACAACCAAAGGAUACUGUUGGAUUUCAUGUCUCUGUGGAUGAUGUUCUUUGCAUGCAAAUAGCUGUGAAGGGAAAAUAAAUUAUUAAAAAUAAAUUGAGGGGCAUGGGUAGAAAGCAGUUUUAAACUACAGCUAAUAAGUAAAAUCCACUGAAGGCCCAGCUCCCAGGAGUGUUAUACACAGGGAUGGACCCUGUGCUUUCAGCCUGGUUCACAUCACUGCUUACCUGAAGGUGAGGCCACAGCACAAACAUGCUUACACCUUUUUUUUUUUUUUUUUUUGAGACUGGAGUGCAGUGGUAGUCAUAGCUCACUGCAGCCUUAACUUCCUAGGCUCAAGUGAUCCUCCCACUGCAGCCUCCCAGGUAGCUGGAACCACAGGCAUAUGCUACCAUGCUGCCCACCUGCCCCCCUUUUUUUGUAGAUACUGGGUCUUGCAGGGUUGCCCCAAGCUGGUCUUGAAAUCCUGGGCUCAAGUGAUCCUCUCUCAUAUUGGCCUCCCAAAAUGCUUGGAUUACAGGCAUGGGCCACUGUGCCCGGCCACCGCUGACACUUCUUCAAGCAUCAAUUUUACUCAAAAGUAAUUCUGAUAACCCAAUGUCCAUAAGUGAUGAAUGAAUAAUGUGGCAGAUCCAUACAAUAGAAUUUUACUCAGACACAGAAAGGAAUGAAGUAGUGACACCUGCUACAACCUGGAUUAACCUUGAAAAUAUUAUGCUAGGUGAAAGAGCCGGCAUACAGUACCACAUCUUCUAUAUUAUAUGCAGUCAAGCAUCACUGAACGGCAGGUAUACCUUCUGAGAAAUGUGUUGUUAGCCAACUUAUCAUGCAAAUAUCAUAAAGUGUAUUUACACAAACCAAGAUGGUGCAGUCUACUGCACACCCUGGCUAAAUGGUAGCCUGUUGCACUUAGGCUACAAACCUGUAUGGCCCUCAGUGUACUGAAUACUAGAGGCAGUUGUAACAUAGUGAGUAUCUGUGUCUCUAAACGUAGCCAAACAGAAAAGGCACAGUAAAAAUACAGUAUUAUAAUCUUGUGGGACCACCUUCCUAUAUGUGGUCUGUCAUUGACCAAAACAUCAUUAUAUGGUACUUGACUAUAUUACAUCUUACAUGAUUCCAUUUAUAUUAAACUACAAACUAGGCACAAUCCAUAGAAACAGAAAGUAGACUGUACGUGGGUGGGAGGUAUUGGGUGAAUGCUAAUGGUAAUAUCGUUUGGAUAUUUGUCCACUCCAAAUCUCAUGUUGAAACGUGAUCCCCAGUGUUGGAGGUGGGACCUAUGUGUCAGGUGUUUGGGCCAUGGGGGCAGAUUCCUCAUGAAUGGCUUGGUGCCUCCCUGCAGUGAUGAGUAAGUUUACGUGCUAUUAGUUCACAUGAAAUCUGGUUAGAGUCUGGGACCUCCCUCCAUGCUUUCUUGCUCCUUUCUCUUACCACAUCACAUGUGGCUCCCCUUGCCUUUUGCCAUGAGUAAAAGCUUCCCGAGGGCCUCACCAGAAGAUAUUGGUGUCAUGCUUUUUGUACACUCUGCAGAACCAAGAGCCAAAAUACACCUCUUUUCUUUAUAAAUUAUCCAGUCUCAGGUCUUCCUUUAGAAAAACCCAAACAGACUUAUACACCAUACAUUUGUUUCUUUCUAGGAUGAUGAAAAUGUUCUAAAAUUAGAUGAUGGUGAUGGCUGCACAACUCAAUACUAGAAAACCACUAAGGUGUACAUUUUAAAAGGGUGAAUUUUAUGAUAUAUGAAUUAUAUCUCAUUUUUUUCUGAAAAGUAAUUCUAUUUAUUAAAAUAUACAGAAUGUAACUUCCAUACGAUUUUAAAGACAAUAUGAGAAUUUGUGUAGCACUUGCAAGCACAGCUCUAGCUCAGUAGCUCCCAAAUGUCUAGAGGAAUGAGGAAUUCCUCCUCCUCUAUCAUAAGGGACACUUCAGAGGGAAAGCUGGAGAAGUACUACCCUGGGUUAGCCAGGAAAGGCGGGAGGAUCACUUGAGGCCAGUUUGAGACCAGCCUGGGCAACACAGUGAGACCCCCGACUCUACAAAAUAUACAAAAAUUAGCUGGGCAUAGUAGAGCGUGUGCCUGCAGUCCCAGCAACCUAGCAGACUGAGGCAAGAGGAUCACAGGAGUUCAAGGAUACAGUGAGAGCUAUGAUUGCACCACUGCACUCCAGCAUAGGCGACAAAUGAGACCCUAAGGGAAAAAGUUUUUAAUUAAAUUAUCCUGAAAAAUGACAUCUGCUUAAACCUUCACGUAGCACAGCCACACCUCAGACAGCUGAGCAGAAGGUACAUGCCCCCACUAUGUUCUCAGGUUUUUGGAUAAAGUGAGGGUAGCAGGAAGAGCCUGAGUCUGAGUGCCAAGGGGGAAGCUUUGCUUGGGUAAGGAAUUUGAACUUUUUUUUUUUUUUUUUUUUUUGAGACAGAGUCUUACUCUGCAGCCCAGGCUGAAGUGCAGUAGCAUGAUCUCAGCUCACUGCAACCUCUGCCUCCCAGAUUUCAAGCGAUUCUCCUGCCUCAGUCUCCUUAGUAGCUGGGAUUACAGGCACGUGCCACCACACCUGGUUGAUUUUUGUUAUUUUUAGUAGAGAAAGAAUUUUGCCAUGUUGGCAAGGAUGGUCUUGAACUCUUGGCCCCAAGUGAUCCAUUGUCCUUGACCUCCCGAAGUGUUGGGAAUACAGGCAUGAGCCACUCCACCCAGCUAGAACCUGAACAACACAUUCCUGAUAACUGACCUCUCCAGCCCAGGCUUGUACAAAGAUAAUCACAGAAUCACUUAAUGGACUAGAAGGCUUUUCCUGAUCUUAGUUCCAAUUUACAGACAGGUUUGAUGCCUGGGUCCCAGAGAGGCAUCAGGCCAUCUACUCACUCCAUUCCCUGAGCCGUCUGCCGGGCAAUGUCAAUUAGCUGGAACAUCUGAAACUUGGUCUCCUGGACAUGCAGGUGUUUGUAGAGGCUGCUGCCCUCACACCACUGGGUCACAAUUGCCAGGUUGUCUUUUGUCAUGUACCCCAUGAAAAGCAGAAUGUUCACAUGCCGUGUUUUGCUGAGGAGAGGAAGACAAGAAAGGGAGGAGGAAAGUGCUCAGGGAGGUCUACUGUGCCUUCCCGUGGGUUCUAUGCUCUUGACACUACUCCCAGUCCCAACCUGGAGGGGGCUAGAAAAACAAACACAUGAAACAGCUGAUAACCUGGGUGGCAUUCUGAGCAAACAGAGGAGCCCGACAUUAGUUCACUUGCUUACAGAGAAGACAUUCUCUUUCGUCACUGUAAACUCAUGACCCUCCUUGUGGAGGUUGCAAGGACUCCUCUGUAGAAGUCUCCAUUAUAUGACGUAUUUCUAAGUCUAAAUAGUAACUGAAAGAUUUGAAAACUUACUAUUCUGAAGUCUAAAAUAAGGCAGCUCAGCUAUAAAGAGGGUUCUGGGAAAUAAAGAUAAAAAUGGGGCCUAUUUCUCCUGCCCACCUCAAACCAAAACCCAGAGAUAGAACCUGGGCUAUUACAUUUACUGUGCCUAGAGGAAGGUAUUCUCCUGAAAAGGGGCUCUUCCAACGGCCUGACAACCACAUAAACUAAAGGAAACAUCCCUUUGCUCUCAAAGGAGGAGUAUCCAACCACAGGAACUCCACUGAGUCUUAACUGCCUGCCAGUCCCAGCCCAUGGCACAGCCCACUGACUCUGCAGUCCUUGUACUCCCCACUCCAGACAGACUGGACUGCCAGCUUUUACUCACCGCAAAACAGCCACCUCAUUCCUGAAGGCCUGGAACUGCUCUGGGGUUGGGUCUACAACCUUUAGGAUCUUUACUGCAACAUCUCCUGCAAAAUUAGUUGGCAGACAGUGCAAUCAGUUGAAUGAUCUUACUCUUUCAAAUAACCAAGUUUUCAGGAAGAUACAGUGACUCACUUAUCCAAAGAAUCAUAUACCUACACAGAUACAACAAAUCUCAAAAUUUCUCUUUUUUUUUUUUUAAGAUACAGUCUCACUCUAUUGUCUAGGCUAAAGUGCAGUGGCACACUACAGCCUCGACCCCCUGGGCUUAAGCAAUCCUCCCACCUUGGCCUCCUAAAGUGCUGAGAUUAUAGGUCCCAAUUUCUGUAUUAAUUCAAAUAACUGAAAAAAGUUACAUGGAUAAAUGCUACCCCUACAGUUACACCUUCAAUAGGCUUGGUUAAACUAUUCAUACCAACCCUGGCAAGCUACAGAGGAGAGAUCAUAUGUGACAGGUCAAAACCUGGUCCUGUGGGGAUGAAAUCAGUACAUGGAUAUGAAUGGCCUGGCAAAUACAGAAUGACUGGGGCUGGAUGCUGGUGUAAGGAAGCAGACCAUUUAGCAACUAUUGAGGCUGAUCUCUGAAUUCACAUUUCAGUCAGAACUAAUACGGUCCCUAGUAAAAAUUCAGAGAGAUACCCUGAAAUUAAGCUUCUCUGCCUUCAAUAUCAUUAAAAAAUAAUCCUAAUAAUACUGAAUCCUGGCAUCGUGUAUACUUUUAUCCCUCUUGAUCCUCACAUGUGCCCUAUGACGUAAAUAAUUUUAUCUUUACUUCACAGACAAGCAGAGAAGUUUAGUCAUUUGACCAGGGUCAGACUGCCAAAAAAAAAAAAAACAAAGUGCUGGAGCCAGGACUGGAUCUGACUCCAAUUGAUAUUCUACCUAUAGUACUCACAACUGAUUGUCAAGCACUGUGAGUAAAACCAGCCUCUUGAUAUAACUUUAGACACAUCCAGGGAUCAGUUCCACUUUAGAGUGCUACAAAUUUAAAAGCCACUUUCAAAAGUGUUUCUGGAGCCUCUGUUUGAACAUUCCUCCUUUCUUCCUUUUUUUUUGAGAUAGAGUCUCGCUCUGUCGCCCAGGCUAGAGCGCAGUGGCACAAUCUCAGCUCACUGCAACCUGCCUCAGUCUCCCGAGUAGCUGGAAUUAUAGGCGUGUUCCACCACGCCCAGCUAAUUUUUGUAUUUUUUGGUGGAGAACUUGAGGUCAGGAGUUUGAGACCACCAUGUUGCCCAGGCUGGUCUCAAACUCCUGACCUCAAGUUCUCUGCCCGCCUCGGCUUCCCAGAGUGCUCAGCACACCCAGCCCUCCUCAUUUCAUUUUUGGGAAGAAAACUUGUAGAGAGAUGGUUCUCACAGUAAGUUUCAAAAUGUCUCCCUGCGGUCUCUGGUUUUAUCAUCUGAAGUUUCAGUGAUGGGUCCCUGUGUUUUAACAGCAGCCUCCAAAGUGGCGCUCACCCAGUUAACCCUUACAUGUGACAAAGGCUGGCCAAACCUCCUAAAGGUCUCGUACAACCUCAGAUCCCAUUUAACCCAAAUGAUCCUCAGUCUUUAUGGGACCCUAAAAACACCCUCUACCUCUACCUCUCACUCAAGAAGCCAUAAGAUCUCCUUGAGUUCGUGCAACAGGCCAGGUGAGUGGUCCACUUUGCACCUGAUGUUGCUGCUUCCCUAGAUAUCUGUACCACCCUCACCGCCCUCACCCUCUGUGCAAAUGCCACUGUCUUCGCAGACUCCUUUCUGACCAAUCUACUAUUUGGAACUGGGACUGCCACUCCAUAUCUCCUUUCCUCCAUUUUUCUCCGUAGCAAUUACAGCACACUAUAUAUUCUACUUUUCUUGUUUACUGCCCCCACUAGAAUAUAAACUCCUUAAGAUUUUUUUUUUUGGAGACAGGGUCUUGCUCUGUUACCCAGGCUGGAGUGCAGUGGUGUGAUCAUGGCUCACUGCAGCCUCAAUCUCCCUGGCUCAAGUGAUCCUCCUGCCUCAGCUGGCACAACAGACACACAGUACCACAUUCAGCUAAUUUAAAGAGACAGGGUCUCACUAUGUUGUUCAGGCUGGUCUCAAACUCCUGGGCUAAGGUAAUCCUCCCACCUCAGCCUCCCAAAGUGCGAGGAUUACAGGUGUGAGCCCCCACCCCUGGCCAAGAAAAAAAAAAAAAAAUUUUUUUUUUUUUUUUGAGACAGUCUCACUCUAUUGUCCAAGCCGGAGUGCAGUCGCACAAUCUUGGCUCACUGCAACUUCCACUUCCCAGGCUCAAGCAAUUCUCAUGGUUCAGACUCUUGAGUAGCUGGCAUUACAGGUGUAAAUCACCAUACUUCACUAAUUUUUAUAUUAUUAGUAGAGACAGGGUCUUGCCACUUUGGCCAGGCUAGUCUCAACUCCUAGCCUCAAAUGAUCUGCCUGCCUUGGCCUCCCAAAGUGCUGGGAUUACAGGAGUGAGCCACCAUGCCCAGCCAAAGAGACACAAUUUUUAUAUUUUGUUCACUGCUUAAUUUCCUAGUCCCUGGAAGCGCCUGGUGUUCAAAGAAUGAUCAGGAAACACUGGAUGAAGAAAUGAAUGGAUUCUAACGUAAAACUGUCAGGCAAAUUAUGAAUUGACAAGCUAUUUGACACUCUGGAGUACAAGAGAAGACUUGGCCUCUGACAGGAAAUACUGGCAACUUAGUUGCCUGUAGAAGUCAAGAAACAUUUUAUGGCAGAGCAAUUCAGAACCCAAUGUCCAGCCUGACAUCCCCAGGCCUUGCCUCAUCCCAGGUCUAUGGAAUUAGGGAUGGACCCAAAGCAAAGGCAGCUCAUCAACCUGGCCCCGGCAGUCCUUGGGCAUUUCCAAGUUCACUUUUCCAGCACUCCAUGCAAUAGGUGUCCAAUGCUGCUUACCACUCUUUCUCUCCUUUCAAACCCAUUUCUCAGAUAAGUACAAAACUGUGUAGUAAUACUUUAUCUUUUCCUUCGGCAAUUAUCCAAACACUCUUUUUUUUUUGAGACGGAGUUUUGCUCUUGUUACCCAGGCUGGAGUGCAAUGGCUCGAUCUCGGCUCACCGCAACCUCCGCCUCCUGGGUUCAGGCAAUUCUCCUGCCUCAGCCUCCUGAGUAGCUGGGAUUACAGGCACACGCCACCAUGCCCAGCUAAUUUUUUGUAUUUUUAGUAGAGACAGGGUUUCGCCCUGUUGACCAGGAUGGUCUCGAUCUCUUGACCUUGUGAUCCACCCACCUCGGCCUCCCAAAGUGCUGGGAUUACAGGCUUGAGCCACUGCGCCCAGCCCCCAAAUACUCUUGUAGCUAGCAAUCCUUCAGCAUACUUAUGAAUCCUUCAUACUUAUAAACCUUGGCAAGUAAUAUAAAUCACCAAAUGGCUAGGUAACUUUUUAUGGAGGUUAGUUUAUGAAGUCAUUAUUAUACAUCAAGCCAGAAUUUCUUAUUUUCCCUUAAUAGCAAAGUCAGAGGCAAAUGUAAUUUGAAAUGUUUUUACCUUUUAAACACAAAGUCAUUUUCCUGCUUUAACCAUUUGAGAUUGUCUAAACUUACUAUAUACAUCUCUGCUUUCUGAAACAGAACAGAAUUAACACCAUUCCUUCUCACUUUGUUGACAUGUCACUGUUAAAAACCAGUCACUGCCCUCAGCUGAGAUGACGCUCUCCAGAUGUGGGUUAUACUAAGCUGCUUGUCCUAGUAAGUAGCCAAAAGCUGUUCCUAUCACGUUUGUGAAUCUGUUCAAGGGGUUUUCUGCCUUGUGCUUUCAGUGAUUAUUCCUGCUGCCAUCAUUCAAUAGCCUCUGAUGCUGGCUUUAUCCAUUUAAUGUCCUAUUUGUAAUUAGCAAAGGCUGGUGAAUCUCAUGACAAAUUUGUUAAUUUUUAUUUUUUUGAGACAGAGUCUUGCUCUGUUGCCCAGGCUGGAGUGCAGUGGUGUGAUAUUGGCUCACUGCAGCCUCCACCUCCCAGGUUCAAGUGAUUCUCCUGCUUCAGCCUCCCAAAUAGCUGGGAUUACAGACACCCACUACCACGCCCAGCUAAUUUUUGUAUUUUUAGUAGAAAUGGAGUUUCACCAUGUUGGCGAGGCUGUUCUUUAACUCCUGACCUCAAGUGAUCUGCCUGCCUCAGCCUUCCAAAGUGCUAGGAUUACAGCUGCGCCCAGCCUUGGUGCCAAAUUUAAUGCUAAAAAGGAGGUCGUGAGCUUUGGGCCUGAGAGGCUCUGCUUUAAAUAAAUAAAUAUGUGAGUUUUAGUUCAUGCAUCUGAGGCCUCUGAAUUGCUUUGAAACCCUUUCUGCUUUAUUUUCACAGUGGAUGGGCUGAGUUAAAAAAAUUCAAUCAAAAUUAUGAAAACAAUUGUAAUUAUUUUUUUGAGAUGGAGUUUCACUAUUGUUGCCCAAUGGCGCAAUCUCAGCUCACUGCAACCUCUGCCUCCUGGGUUCAAGCAAUUCUCCUGCCUCAGCCUCCUGAGUAGCUGGAAUUACAACCAAGCACCACCAUGCCCAACUAAUAUUUUGUUUUUUUAAAUAGAGAUGGGUUUUCUCCAUGUUGGUCAGGCUGGUUUCCAACUCCCGGCCUCAGGUGAUCCAUCUGCCUGGGCCUCCCAAAGUGCUAGGAUUACAAGCACUUAAAAAUUACAGUUGUAGGCUGGGUGCGGUGGCUCACGCCUAUAAUCCUAGCACUUUGGGAGGCUGAGGCGGGUGGAUCACGAGGUCAAGAGAUCGAGACCAUCCUGGUCAACAAGGUGAAACCCCAUCUCUACUAAAAAUACAAAAAUUAGCUGGGCAUGGUGGUGCGCACCUGUAGUCCCAGCUACCCGGGAGGCUGAGACAGGAGAAUUGCUUGAACCUAGAAGGCGGAGGUUGCGGUGAGCCGAGAUCAUGCCAUUGCACUCCAGUCUGGGUAACAAUAGCAAAACUCCGUCUCAAAAAAAAAAAAAAUUACAGUUGUAAUUUUUAAGGAGUGAAUAGGACAUUACAUUGUAUAUAGGAACCAGAAUGGGGGGGAUAUUGCACAAAACAAUCUAGAAAUUAGGUUUCCUUGACCACUCAUCUUUCUUCUUCAUAGACCAGGGCUUGCUUUCUGAAAGGAUGGCAUACAAGUCCACUGCUCCGACCUCCUCUGACUUUUGAGACUCUCUUUUCUGAGUUAAAAAAAAAACUAGAAUCUUAAAAACAUUAGACAAGUUAUCUACAUUCUAAUAGCAGUCUAUGGAAUAACACUGUAACAAUCUUAUCAUAGUUUGAAAGCUCACACUAUUGAGAGAAGACAAAGCUCAUAAGCAGUACCCUGCACUAAUGCCUUGAAAAAUUAAGAAUCACAUAAAAGUGCUCAACCAGAGGAAAAUUAAACUUGGGUACAACUUAAACUUCAUCUAUUGGCUUUUAGCUGGGGCUUUAAAAAUGUGGUAUAAAAAUGAUCAAAUGCUAACAGAAGCAAUAAAUGGAAUAUCCAUUGCUCUGCCUCCUAUAAUUACUAGCAGCCUUGUUAUCUCAUAUACAAGUACUCUAUCCCACAAAAUGCUUGUGUUCUUUCCUAAGGAAUCCUGGAGAUAUUUAUGCCAUCUAAAUAUUCUGCAGCUGGCUGGGCACGGUGGCUUACACCUGUAAUCCCAGUACUCUGGGAGGCCAAGGCACGCAGAUUGCUUGAGCAAAUGAGUUCGAGACCAGCUGAGCAACAAGGAAAAACCCCAUCUUUGCAAAAAAUAAAAAAUUAGCUGGGCGUGGUGGCAUGUGCCUGUAGUCCUAGCUACUUGGGAGGCUGAGGCAGGAGGAUGGAUGGAGGCAUCCAGAAGGAUGACUUAAGCCCAGGAGGCAGAGACUGAAGUAAGCCAAGAUUGUGCCACUAUACUCCAGUCUGGGCAAUAAAGCCAGAUCUUGUCUCUAAAUACAUAUAAAUAAAUAUUCUACAACAAUGUCAUUUCUCUGGGACCCAGGAGGCAGCACAAUAGUACAUAUUAGAUGCAAUUUUCUUUUUCUUUUUUUUUUUCUGAGACACUGUCUUGCCGUUUCACCCAGGCUGGAGUACAGUAGUAUAUACUCGCCGUACUCAGCUCACUGCAACCUUGUCUCCUGAGCUCAAGCAGUCUUUCUGCCUCAGCCUCCCAAGUAGCUGGGACUAGAGGCAAGUGCCCUCCCAUCCAUCUUUUGGUAGAGAUGGGGUUUGAUGAUGAUGUUCAGGCUGUUCUCGAACUCCUAUGAUCAAGUGAUCUGCCUGCUACAGCCUCCCAAAGUGCUGGGAUUACAGGCCAUGAGCCACCCUGCCCAACCAGAUGCAAUUUUCAAAGGAACAGGAAUCAUUCUACAUGUACUUCACAAAUGUUCAGUUAGGUGCCAAUCCUCUUAACCAGAAAUUGGUCAGAUGAUUAAUUACAAGUGGUGAAAACACAUGCAUUAAUGAGCCCAUGGUAAGGCCAGGCACAGUGGCUCAUGCCUGUAAUCCCAGCAUUUUGGAAGACCCAAGAGGACUGCUUGAGUCCAGGAACUGGAGACCAGCCUGGGCAAUAUAGUAAAACCUUGUCUCCACAAAAAAAAAAAAAAAAAAAAAAAAAAAAAAAAAAAAAAUUAGCUGGGCAUUCACCUGUGAUCCCAGCUACUUGGGAGGCUUAGAAAGGAGGAUUGUUUGAGCCCAAGAGUUGGAGGCUGCAGUGAGCUGUGACUGUGCCACUGUACUCUAGCCUGGGCAACACAGCAAGAACUUAUUUUAAAAAAACAAAACAAAACACACCAGGUACUCAAAACUGGAAGCUUUUAUAUCUCUCCUCCCCCCAAACAGACAGAGUCACUCUGCCACCUAGGCUGGAGGGCAGUGGUGGGAAUCUCAGCUCACUGUAACCUCUGCUGCCCAGAUUCAAGCAAUUCUCCUGCCUCAGCCUCUCGAGUAGCUGGGAUUACAGGCACCUGCCACCAUGCCAGCUAAUUUUUGUAGUUUUAGUAGAGAUGGGGUUUCACCAUCUUGGCCAGGCUGGUCUUGAACUCCUGACCUCAUGAUCCACCCACCUCGGCCUCCCAAAGUACUGGGAAUACAGGUUUGAGCCACCAUACCUGGCCAUGUUUGCUAUUUUCAGUACCUUGAAUUUUAAUACUCUAUUCAUUUGACGCUUAUAACUUCUCUCAAACUUUGCACAUUUUCUCUAAAGAUAAUUACAGUGUCAUCCAAAGUAGGAAUACAGGCACCAAGGGACUCUGGGAUUUUUGCUUUAUGUAAUCUGAAUUUAGAAGAAAUCACUUUUUGGGAACAUGCAGCACUUUCUGGAAAAUACGUAUUAUUUGCUAAAGUCCUAAAGCCAGAAGUAUUAAAAACCUACCAGAGAAAUGCUAAGUAUGUUCUCAAAAUGUUGAGUGUUUGCCAAAAUAUACAAGUUGUAACUACAGAAGUUAAAUAGGACCUUUCUUCCAAGUGACAGUGUUUCCAUUAAAUUAAGAACACUAAUAUUCCACACGGAUUCAAGAAUUAAGUCUAUGCCUUCCUGUUUGAUAGGGAUACCCACAACUAAUCCUAGGACAGGACAAAGAGAAGUUAUUUCAGGAGAUUUCCAGCUUUCUUAUGCCUAACUGCAUGAGCAUGGGCAAAUCAGCCCCCAUUUCAGUAUGUAAGGUCCUUUCGAGCUUGAAGUUUCUAGCACCCAUGUUCCCGCCAUAACAGCAGACUCCUGCUCACUUAAGGAGCUUCCAAGCAUAACCCAUGUGCAGACUGUAUUUAAUCAGAAGCACUCCUGACAUUUGAUUAUAGGGCUCAAGUCUUAUUCACUAAUUUCUAAUUAUCCUGGGAGCUUUAUAAGAACUUAGUUUAAAAACAUUUAAGUUCAAUCUUCAGGUAUAACCAAGUAUCUAAGGGAGAAUACGGCUGUAAACCCUGAAGCAGAGUCUUCUCCUCCUCCUGGUCCCCUGGACUGAAACUUGAGUUCACACCAAAGCCCUGCAGUAAGUAAAGGCAGGGCCCCAAGCUUACCGUGCCAUUUGCCCUUAUAAACAGUUCCAAAAGAGCCUGACCCAAUCCGAGUGGAGAGCAUCACUUCACUGGCUUCUAUUUCCCAGUAAUAGCUUGAAUCUCUCUGUCCACGAGGCCUCUGAAAUAAUUAGAGAUCAUUAUUAUACUCCAUGGAAUGGUAAUAAUCUUUUGAAAAUGAAGGCAUCAAAGAAAGGAUCAACUCAUGUCAUGUUUCCAUAUCUUUUAAAGAUAAACAUAUUAACUAUACUUCCAAUUUUUGUCUUUUGAGAAAUACCAUUUUAGUUGUAGUACUGGCAAGUUGUCUGAUCCAAGUGUGCCGAAAAUGACAGUGACAUUUAUAAUCUCCUUCCUAAAAUGUAUUUUAUUAGAAUCUUCUCCCAAAAUAAGCUAGAAGUAUUCUGGUUUCCAACAAGGUUUUUCUUACUGAACUCUAAUUAGCAGGAGGUACUGUUGUCUAUACUCACAAUUUUGUUUUUCUCCUGGGUUCCAGAUCCUGGUGCCCGCUCCCUUUGUGCUGGCAUGGGGGCUUUGGGCUGUGACCAGCCUGUUGGGCUCAGAUUGUUGGGGCUACUGGACAGGGCUGAAGGUGAGGCUUAACAGACAAGACAAACAGAAUCCACACAAGGAUAAGCCAACAGAAGAUACACCGUAUAAAGAAAAAAAGCCCAUCACCGUUGGAUAAAUUACUAUAGAAAAGUACCUGAUUCGCUGUGACUUCGAAUUGCAUCCUGCAACAGAAAAGGAGAGCUGGUCAACUCCUACACAAAGAAGAUUUUCUCUGGGGGAGGGAAAAGAGAGGAGGAGGAUGUGCAAGAACAAAAUAGAUUAUAAAACCUCUAAAAACCAUAAAAAUCCUAUACAUACUCUAAUCAAUGUUCCUUGAUUAAAUUCAGCAAAUAUCAGUGGCUAGUAUCUCCAAGGCUGGUUUUUCAUCAAAUAUUAGAAGAAUUCAUAUUAAUUUUUUUUUUUUGAGAUGGAGUCUUGUUCUGUCACCCAGGCUGGAGUGCAGUGGCACGACAUCAGCUCACUGCAACCUCCAACUCCCAGGUUCAAAUUCAAGCAAUUCUCCUGCCUCAGUCUCCUGAAUAGCUGGGAUUAUAGGCGGGCACCACCACACCCAGCUAAUUUUUAUAUUUUUUAGUAGAGAUGGGGUUUUUGCCAUGUUGGCCAGGCUGGUCUCGAACUCCUGGCCUCAGGUAUCCACCUGCCUCGGUCUCUCAAAGUGCUGGCAUUAGAGGUGUGAGCCACCGUGCCCAGCUUGGUAUUAAUUUUUCAUAUCUAAUGAAAACUACAUUCUUUUUCUGAAGAGAAAGCAACGUACACAACAAACAUUCUUUCAAGGAAAACUAGCAAAGUUAUUCUCAGCUGAGGCCCUUCCAAAGAUUGGGAAUCUUGUUUCACUGAGGCUCAAAACUGUUUUUUAAAAGGUGGGGUGGGGAGGUGGAUUCUGGGGGAAGCUCACUCUUACUCCACGAGGAGUUAGGGUAAAAUGACUAGAAGUUGGAUUUGAAAAAGGUAAGCACCAUUACUACAUUCUUUAUCCAAGGCUAAAAUUAUAGAAAGCUGGAAGGACCACAAAUCCAAGUUCAAAACCUACAUUUUACAUGUAAGAAAAUAUAUCUGAACAGGUAAAGAGACUUGGCAGGGUCACAGAGCCAGUAGGUGGCAGAAAUAGAACCAAAAACCAUCAUACAUGGAUCUUAGCCCUAGCUCUUUUACCACAAAACACUGCCUUAUGGGUAAAUUUGGAAAUUGGUUACAUUCUUCUCAUGGGAGAAAGCAAAGGCUAUCUUUAGAAUUUAUUAGAAACUGGAAAACAGUAAUCACAGAGGCCUCCAUGAGACCUAAACCCCAAUCUAAAAUUCAUCACUUGGAGUAGAAUAGUGUAACAAAAUAAUAUAAAACCACCUGACCCCCCCCCCCCCAUAUCCUCAGAAAGGACAUUUUGGGGAGGGAAGUCCUACUCUUUUCUUUGUAUAACCACAGUAUAGAUAAGAUACCUGUUCCACACAACUAUUACUAGAAUGCUCCUGUUCAAUUAUAUCAUUACAAGAUAAAAAGAAUCAAACCAAGCUGUUCCCCUGCUCCCAAAACAUAAUUUGGAAUUUAACAAAAAAGCCUAGUUCUGGUUCCCAAAUCUAGCUAGUCUUCAAAAUCACUGGAGAGUGAUUCUGAUUCUGAAAGGAAGAAUAAAGAUUCACCCCCUAACCCCCGGCCUAGGAUUGGACUGAGCAUGUUUGGGAGAUGAAGGUGGGAAGCCUAGGAAAUUGUGUGUUUUUAAGUAUAGCAAGGUAAAUGCCAAGUGGGCAAAACAGUGGCAAAAAAUAAUGUGGAUUUCAAUAGAAAUCAGUAGCUGUAGCUUCAUUACCCAACUAAUCUGUCCUUUGUUUUUAAAGCAAAGCACAAUUUAUUUUUAUUAACUAUAAUUAUAUUCCUAUGUAGGAUUUUUUUCCUUCAUGUCAUAGUAAUUUUCUUCCCUAUAUCCAUUAAAUACCGCAUAUUUUAUUCCGUGCUAAUUUCUAUGGUUAGAUCAAUUUAUCCCAGAAAGAAUUUUUCUAUUGUUCCUGGAAUCUAAAUACUCAAGAGAACUAUGAAUAAUUUGAGAACUACAAAUAAUUUAAAUAAAGCAACAAUGUCUACUUUAAAAAUGCUGACUCAUGUGAUUAAAUAACAGGAAUCAAAAUCUACUCUGCUUCUAAAGUACAAAAAGGAUUAGGAACAACAGUUGUGUUAAUUCUUUUAUAAUAAAAAAUCCAAAAUUCUGACUUGACACAAUCAAAGCUCAUUACGACCUCAAACUCCUGGGUUCAAACAACCCUCCUGAGUAUAGCUAGGACCGCUGGUACACACCACCAAGCUCAGCUAAUUUUUUCUUUUUUUGGUAGAGGUGGGGUUUUGAUAUGUAUAUAGCUCAAGCUGGUCUCAACUCCUCAUCGCAAGUGAUCUUCCCACCUAGCCAAUUCUCACCUUUAUUGUUCCCCCUAAGCAUUACAGUGUUUAUUAUACAGGAACAAAGCAUUUAACAGAAGUAGCAGUAACUGGUAUAUUAUAUUAUCAGGAUUAAUCAUAAUGGUAAAAAGAAAUAAUAAAAUUUAUAGCUUAUACAUAACCUCCUCACAACAGUGGCAGGACAAGUAUGCUGAAAGUGAUUUGAGGUUUCGGUGAGAUAAACUGUGCCUGAGGCAGCAGGUGUCUAUUUGAUGCAGAGACAGCAUAGUUAUCUCUGAUAAGCUUUUAAUAAAGGAUUUUCCAGGGUUUAUCAACCAAACUGAGACAUUUGGUUACUAAUAUAUAAACAGAAUACCAAUGCUGUAAGCACCAAGUAAGUCUAACAUUAGUCCUUGGUUGGAAUUGAUUAAAAAAAAAAAAUCUUUUUAAUGCCCUUGUCCUCAAAAUCAAACUUGAGAUUUUUUGUUUAUUUUUAAGGUGGAUUCUUACUAUACUGCCCCAGUUGGAGAGCAGUGGCUAUUCACAGGCACAAUUGUAUCUCCCUACAGCCUAGAACUUCUGAGCUCCAGUGAUCCUUCUGCCUCAGCCUCUGGAGUAGCUGGGACAACAGGCACACACCGCCAUGCCUGGCCUUACUUAAGAAAUUCAUUUCACCUAUCAUCAAUACCACAUACAGCAUUUUUUUACUUCUAUAUACUCUAUUUGGAAAGAAGGAAAAGGAAAAGGAAAGAAGGAAAGAGAGAGAAGGAAAAAAAGAAAGAAAGAAAGAAAACAUGGAAACAAGUGACAAUAUAAAUUUAACUUAGCAACUAUUUCAUUUGUGGUAGUCUACUGUCUGACAGUUUUAGCAAUCCUGUUAAUUACAAGAAAGCAAAGGCAUGAAGAAAAAUACCUACUCUUCCCCUCAAACAAAAUCGUCUGGACCACGCCCUGGGAGAAGCAUUCAGGUUGUUAUUCUAGUCCAAAGCAAUGAGAAAUAAAGAAGAAUAAAGAACAAAGGAAGUAUUUAAGUGUAUUCAGUUGUUAUUAAAGAUGAAGCAGAAAGCAAAUUAAACCAAUAGGACAUAACCAAAAGCCAAGAAAAGAAAAAGCAGUUCAAAAACACUAGCUUUGGGCACUUUCACUUCUCCCUAAAUACCUGCUUAUUAAAGUCCUAGGACUCUACCCUUUCAUUUCUAAAUAAAAUCACAAAAGUCUUCCAGAGAGUCUGUAGUUCUUCAUCACUGUUAUUUUCUGUCCCACACCAAAAUGAAACCACUCCUUAAAUAUCUUAGGCUCUAGGCACUCAUUCAUUAAAAGCCUAUUCAAAUUUGAUAAUGGGAAGAGUUCAAAUGUUAACAUCUUUUCAGGAAAUUUUAGUUCUCCACUUGAAUGACAUACUAACCAGACUAUUCAACCAGUCUAAAGAUAUUAUGGAUAUAAAAAACUGUUAAAACUCCAGAGACCUGAGAAAGUGCUGUAACAUUCCUUGAUCAGGUUUGAAACCCAAAACUCUAUGAAAUAAAUACCAACCUCACCCCAUUAACUGACUGACAUUACCACCCCCAAGGGGCCCUAUUACCUCAAUCAUCCUGCUAUCCACAGGCAGGGUGGUGCUGACCAUGUGGACAUUAGGUGUGGACGUUGACCUCUGCCUCUGGGAGAGGGAACCUUCAGAUGAGGGACUGGAG